CGGACUCUCUCCGGCAGUGUGCGAGCCGGUGUGCGAGCGUCACGCGCAGGGCACCGCAUCCGCAGCAGUCGACGCAAGUCCUCACUGGCAUGGACACCGGAGGACAGCGCUGAACACCCAGGAACCAUGCCUACUGUGCUCGCGGGCAAAGGGAAACUUUCCAUCGUGGGUUUUCUACUCAGAUGCGCGUAUUCUCAGGUAACAAGAAGCCAACACAACAGCUGUGCCAAAGAAAUCCUCGAGGACAUGACCCAGCAAGCCUCAGGGGGUGACCAGGCCCAACGAAUCCUCUACAUCCCUAAGGAAGCAAAACUACCAGCUGCACCACAAAGACAAAGUCGGGGGGAUGUUCAGCUGCGAAUGACCCAUCACCCUCGCGUGGCACCUCACAAAUCCAUGCUCGCUGAUGACCUGAAGCUGAGCAGUGAUGAUGAUGACACUCAAAGGGCAACUCGUGAGUCAGCUUCCUUGGAUGUACACAGCCUGUCAGCACAGCGAGCGCACACACAUGGCAGGCGAGUGAGACAUUCCAGCUCGGACUCUUCAUGCUCAAGCUCCAGCGUCGAGUCGCGCAGCAGCAGCAGCAGCAGCAGCAGCAGCAGCAGCCGUUGCUCCCGGAGCCCCGGCCACAGCCCAGACGUUCACCCGGAUCCUGCGUCCCCUGCCAACACGCAGCCACCAUGCAACAGCAAGGAGACUGAUCACCCCUCUGCAGCCCAGUGGCAGUUGGACGAAUGGCUGAUAAAGCCCCGGAGAAAAUCUUCCACCGGUGACCAAGUGCACAGCGUUUCAAGACGUCCUCCCUCUCCCCACACCCAAAGAGCGCCGUCUCCAGCCAGGUCCUGGGACAGCAAUCAGGAAUACAGCCCGAGCCAAAGCCCUAUCCCCAGCCCACAGUUCAAUUUCAGCCAAAACACCAGCCACCUACCAAGCCCUGGUUAUAGCUACUGCCCUAGCCCCAGCCCAUUCCCCAGCUCAUGCCCAAGUCCCGGCCCAAGCCCCGGGCCCAGCCCAAUACCCAGUCCAGUUCCAAGUGUUUGCCCCAGUCCGUGUGGGAGCCUGAGAGCCAGCCGUAGCCCUAGUCCUAUCCAUAGAGACCCUCCAAGAAGCCCCAGUCCAGGCCUACCUACUCCUUCCAGGGUCCGGCACUGCCCAGUUGUUCAGAGAACACAAUCUAACCCAACAGCCAAUUCACACAGGACAAAAAGCCGGUCAUGGAUUACCCCAUUGCCUGAAACCAAUACAAAGAGCAAAGCCACAAGCAGCAGUUAUCUUCAACCAACUCACCAACACAGGCCCAAGACGCGACCCACACAGAACCAAGACCAAAGCAAACCCAAGACGUCUGCUGUUUUAAACUGUGACCAGAUUCACGAACAUAGAUCUAGACCCAAGUUGAACUUUCAUCCUAGUUCUAAACCGCUCUCUGAGGCUCCCAAACACACAUCACAUCUUGAUCAAAACCAGAACAGCAGAUCGAAACACAACCCUAACCACAAGCCCAGGCCUUCGUUUCAAUCAAGCUCACAUCAUAGCUCCAAAACAUCAAGACACUUAGUUCCAACUAGUUGUGAAACCAAAUCUGGUCAUAUUCCUCAAUCAAAAUCUGCAACUAAUCAUAAUCAUACUGGGUUGAGGUGUAGAUCUAACCUCAGCCUUAAACCUAGGGCCAGGUCUUCAGACGCUACAGCCCCAACUUCUGUGCGUGUUAAUCAUACUGUAACAACACAGAAGAAACCUCAAUCCAAGGAGCAGGAGGUAGUCCUCAUAGGAGAUCAUCUUUCCCAAAAGGGGUCAGAACACAAGAGAAAAGAAGACAGACAACAUAAAAAACAACAAGGGAAACAGGAGAGAAAGGAAGACGGGAGGCUGGCGGAGGAGCAGCUCCUGAGACGUCCCUGGAUCCACAGUUCGGCAGAAGAGGAGGAGGAGGAGGAGGAGGAGGGAGUGAUAGAGAGGCAGAGGAGGAGAGAGGAGGCAGCAAGAGGAAACCGUAGAGGAAGGGGACAGCAACGUCAGUGUGAAUGGCAGACAGUCCUGGCCAAAGAGAGACUGCUAACCAACACUGAGCAGAACCGCCUCAAAGAGGACUCGCACCAUCAGAGCAGGGCAAAAAGAGCAGGGAGAAGUGAGGAAGAGAGAGAGUUACAGCAAGACCCGUCACCGCCUCCGUCACGUUCGCCAACUCCUCAAAGACCACCUACCUCGCCUUCUGUCUUCUCCGCUCCAAACUCUGAUUCAGAAUCUGAAUAUCAGGCUCCGAUCACCAAAGUUCCAGCAGACUCCACCUCUUACAAGGGACUCCCCAAGAGGGGGCGGCAAAGUCUCGGCAGGUCCGGUGCAGACAGGCCGAAAGUCGUGCUCCCCAGAGGACCCACCUCGGGUCAUUCAGGUGAGGGGCAGCAAAAACUCUACACCUUGGUCCCAUUCGGGCGAGGUGAACAAACUACAGCGCCUUCCCAGCGAGGGCUUAGAAAUCUGGUGGUGCAGAUAGACCUCUGCCUUCUCAAAAGGGUCCCGGACACCACGACCAGUUCCACCCUUAAAAAGCCCUCCUCCUCUUCGUUCCCAUCAUCCUCGAAGGACAAGCAAAGAGAGGCCAUGAAACACCUGUACGUCCCUGAGACCGCGUCGAAAGACAGCAAAAGGAAACGCAAGUCGGAGAAUGGUGUGUCACACAGAGAUAGCAAGAGGAGCAUUCCCCCUGCGAAGGACCUCUCAGGCCAGAAGGAGCCCGUACCUCAGGCCGCGGAGCGCAACUUUGUGACGGAGACCGUGCACAACGGGUACUUGGAGGAGUACUUGGACAGCAAGAGGCCGUUGUCUCCCCUCUCUCCACUGUCCGACAGCCCUCAGUCCACCAAGCCCCCCCUCAAAACAAAGACCUCAGAGCAGCUCCACGUCCAUGUCCAUAAAAACAGAGACAAGAAUCGAGAUUCUGCUAUAAAGCCCAAGAUGGAGGGGGAAUGUGUGAAAGUGUCAAGACAGCCCCAACCGCCAUCCGAGUCUUGGGGCGCCGCAGGACACAGGGGGGCCGUGCCAAACAGCGAAACCGCCCACCAUGCGGAGUACUACUUACACGAAGCUAAAAGGAUGAAGCACCGGGCAGACGCGAUGGUGGAUAAGCUGGGGAAGGCUGUGAAUUACGUGGACGCUGCCCUCUCCUUUAUGGAAUGUGGGAAAGCAAUGGAGGAAGGGCCACUCGAGGCCAAGUCUCCUUAUACCAUGUACUCCGAGACAGUGGAGCUGAUUAGGUAUGCAAUGAAGCUGAAGAGCCACUCUGGCCCCGGGGCGAGACAGGAAGACAAGCAGCUGGCCGUUCUGUGCUUCCGAUGCCUUGCCCUCCUUUACUGGCAAAUGUUUCGUUUAAAGAAGGACCAUGCGUUUAAGUAUUCCAAAGUUCUGCUGGACUACUUUAAGGUACAUCCAAAAACAGGUCUGACGUUCCAGACUUCUCCUAAAGUGCCUUCUACACCACCCUGUUGGAGUGACUCUGGGAAGAGCACAGGAGCACCCCCUUCCUCGCUCUCCCCCACUGCCAAACACCUCGGACGGGGGUCACACGGGGGCAGCGCCUUCUCCUCCCUUAUAAGCAUUCCCCAACGUAUCCACCAGAUGGCAGCAAAUCAUUUGAACAUUACCAACAGUGUCCUGUACAGCUACGAGUAUUGGGAGGUGGCAGACAACCUCACAAUGGAGAAUAAAGAGUUCUUCAACUACUUGAAUACUUUGUCUGGGCCUUUGACUCUUCACAGUAGCAUCGCUCACGCCGUCCAAUACACCAGACAGGCUCUUCAGUGGAUACGCAUCAGUGCCAAACUUAACUAACAAGGAGAGGAUUUACAAGUAUCUGUCUCACUUUGAAGAGACACAACUCUGGAUCUCUAUGCAGCUGACAGGACAGCACCUAUACUUUCUAAGCUUGAUGGUUGGUUGAAAUCCCCAAAAUGGAGUCUGACGAUCCCCGUGGGAGUUUGGGGUAUUUACUGAGUGCAAAGCCUUCUGAAGAAACAGUCUUUCAACUUGUCACUGGUGACACUGGCAGCUUUUCCUCAUCAUUUGAUUUAACUGAGCUUUGGAUUUGAAAUUUCUAAUUGUUUGCCAAACAGAAAGGAGACUCUCGUUGAAUUCAGCAGUAUGUGCAUAUGUGAAGCCUUUUUUUCAUACUGGAAUAAAUCAUUAUCCAGCAGCCCGUUGAUCUCGGGCCAAAGCAGGAGAAGAUGCAAAGAAAAAGAGCAGUCAAUCAUAUUCCACUUUCUACAAAGAAAAGUGUCUGCAUCUUUCCAAUGAAGCAUUCAAUUAAUUAUUUUACAAGAAAUCUCUUUAUGUUUUUACGUUUACAUGUUUUUACUGUGCAAUAUUUGUUGGCUUUUCUGUUCAUAGAAAAAGAAAUAACAUGUUGGUGAGUCUGCUGACAUUCAAGGUUCCUAUUUUGAAAAAAAUAUAUUUUUUGUCUGUUCUGAAUGUGGGAAUAUGUCAUUGUGUUUUUUAAUUAAUGAAGUUGAUAUCACUAACUUAUUGGUAAAUGUCUUGUCUUGGGUUAAGGAGUUUGCAUUUGAAAUGUUUAGCGUCUUACAGCAUUCUAAUGCCACUAAUCCAUCUUCUACACUCAUCCUAAUUGUCGCAUAUUUGAAUGAGUUUUGCAUUUUGUAAAUAUGUCUUGAAUUAUUGUAAAGGAGAAAUAUUAUUUUUUGUGCCUUUUAGCCCACACAGAUUGAUGUAAAUAGCUGUUAAUAAUUUGGGGUGACAUCUUUCUUCUCCCUUUUCUUUGAUACAUUCCAUACCUAAAUUCUCCCUCCAGUCACAUUGCUGGUCUCAGCUCUGAACCGGCAGAGAGCUUAAUCUUGAUGGUUCAGGGUGCCAACACAUCAACAAAAAAAUGUACAUAAAGACGUGUUGAGUAUUAUUUUUCAUAAUCAGUUAGAAAAAAAGACAUUGACAGGAAUUUGUUUUCUUAACAUUCUCACAAUGUUUUACUCCUAACCGUCAUUGGAAAGUUAGAUUUCUAAUAUUCUCAUAAUGUUAUAUUCAUAACAUUGGGUGAACCCCUAAAGUCCCGGAUGUUUAAACGUAUUCCUGAUGUUAUCAGAAUUCCAGGAUACUGAGAAGUCUCAUACCCUGUACUACUAAGAUUUUGGGUUAACUCCAGAUUUAAACCUGGAUACAUUAAGUAACUUAUUCUAAAAGAACCAAAGAUUGUUAUAGGAAUUUAUAAAUGAAUGAAUCAAGAUACACAAAUAGUUGUGGCAGUGAAGUUAUAAAUCAAUUCAUUUACACACUCACAGUCUUGUGAUUGCCAACAUUUUGCAGCUGCAACUGUAACUUUUAGCCCAAACGAUGUGUUCAAAUGGUUCAAAUUAGUAUUCGUUUAGUUUUAGGUUGACGUUCAUAUCCCUGACACACUACAGGCUUGGGUGACAGUGUGUGAAUCCGACUUGUUGGGUCGGAUUAAGCAGAUAUCUCCCACUCACACAACCAUCAAUCAUUCUCUGACUCUCCAUCACCGCAACCACUUCCUGCUGCACCGUCGCGCAUGUAAUUUCAGCAUCCGAUGUCUGGUGCCAUAGCAACAGAGAACAACCAAUAAGGCUGCUCAGCGGGAUACAGCAAGCCUUGAGUCAGAGCAUCCUGCUGUUUCUCGAUUCUGUGAAAUUGGAUUUAUUGUAAACUAUAGCCCGCUUGUCUUUCCCCUGGAUUAUGACCGUAUUCCACUUUUACUUGUAUGGGACUAUGCUGCACAUCUGUGUCACAAUAUUUGCACAAUAUUUCCUAAACGUGCCACGGUUGCCUUAAAUGAAUAAGAGACAAUAGAUCACGUGUCUCAUCAUCUAAAUCAAAUCAGGCACUGAUUUCAAAUAAACUGACUGAGACAAAAGACCACUUUGCUCUAGUCGGUUAGCCCUUUUUGCUCCGGGCAAGUGUCUUCCUCCGCUCAUUCUGGGCUCCAUCCACGGAGCUGUGGAUUCACUCAGAAACACCGUAGAAGCCGU